AUGAAGUCGAUUCUCGAGCAAAACGAAGGUAACAGCAACGACACGAUCGCGUCAGAAAGCACACCACUACUGGCUGGGGGAAAUCAUGCACCUACAGCUGAUGUCCAAGCAGCAGAGGCAACCUCAGCAAGGAGGGAGUCUGCCACAAGUACACAAUCCAAGAACACAUCUUCGAGCCAACUAAACAGCAACGAAAGCACGAUAAUCGCGACACCUCCAAGCGUCUCACAGAAAGAACGACCUCUCCCUGUCCGCCAGAUUCUGCUUCUAUGCUUUGCACGACUAGUAGAGCCAAUUGCCUUCUUCUCGAUCUUCCCCUUCAUCAACCAGAUGUGCGCCGAGAACGGCAACCUGGAACCAGCGGACGUCGGCUUCUACUCUGGACUGAUAGAAUCACUCUUCAGCCUGACACAAAUGGCCGUCAUGAUUCUCUGGGGUCGUCUGGCUGAUCGCUUUGGUCGCAAGCCUGUUCUCUGUAUCUCUUUGUUCGGAGUGGCAUUUGCAACAGCGUUGUUUGGGUUUGCGCAGACUAUUUGGCAGAUGAUAGUGUUCCGUUGUCUGGCAGGGAUAUUUGCUGGGACUAUUGUCACGAUUCGGACAAUGUUUACGGAGCAUAGUACGUCGAAAACGCAGGCUCGAGCUUUCAGCUGGUUUGCUUUUUCGGGAAACUUGGGGAUUUUGUUUGGCCCUUUGAUUGGAGGUGUGUUGGCGAAUCCGGCCAAGCAGUACAGAGGGACUUUCAAGGGUGUUAGGUUCUUCGAGGAGUAUCCUUACGCGUUGGCUACACUGGCUACUGGGACUAUUGCUCUUGUCGCAGCAGUCGUGACAUUCUUCUUUGUGGAGGAGACUCUUCCAUCUUCUAGUAGAAAGUCUGGUCUGAGCAAGAAUGAUUUAGAGGCAGAAUCGGCAGCGGACGAACCUAUUGACAACGAAGGAAAAUACAAGACUACUUGGUCCCUGGUCAAAGCGCCAGGAGUCGCACCGGUGCUCUAUCUCUAUUCUCACAACAUGCUGCUAGCAUUUGCCUAUACGGCCAUCAUUCCAGUUUUCUACUACGAACCAAUCUCCCUAGGAGGCUUCGGAUUCUCCUCCAGACUAAUCUCGCUUUUCAUGGCUCUUACAGGAGCAGCACAGGCAACCUGGUUGCUUCUCGUCUUCCCACCUCUACAGCAUCGCAUCGGCACAGGGGGCGUACUACGGCUUUGUGCAUAUGUAUAUCCUCUCUUCUUCAUCGUCAGUCCGGCAUUGAACGCGCUUCUUCGCCAAGGAUCUCACGAAGGAAAAAUUAUCUUCUGGGUGAUUGCACCUAUACUGCUCUGUCUGGGUGUCGGGGUUAGCAUGUCCUUUACAGCGAUUCAGCUUGCGUUGAACGACGUGAGUCCAGGUCCGAAGACACUUGGCACACUUAAUGCGCUGGCAUUAACGCUCGUGUCUGGACUUCGAGCAUUCAGUCCAGCUGCUUUCACGAGUCUGUAUGCAGUGGGCGUCAGUAAGCAGAUUUUGAAGGGUUAUCUGGCUUGGGUUGUGAUGGUAGUGCUUGCUGCUGGUUUCAGUGUCGCUGUAAGAUGGCUACCGGAGAAGGCUGAGGGAAAGAUAGACGAUGAUAGGGGACAUGUUGAUGAGGAAUACAGUGAUCAGCCUCAAAGAUAG